UGUUGACUGUUGACUGUAAUAUUAGUCUAACGUAUACAAUAUAAUAUUAUUUAGUGUGUAAUACUUACGCAUUAUAGUUUAUUCUAUCAAACGGAAAUAUAAUAUAUUAUUAAUUUAUAAACUCGAGUAACGAAGUCUAAGAGCCCUAAGCGAUACAUCGCCACUUCGUCAUCCAUGUUGUUUUGUAAAGAUGGAAAUUUUAAGCAAUUCCUUAUUAAUAAAGUACCUGUUGUCAGAGAAAAAUAUUUACCUUCAAUUUGUGGGUUCAACGGAUAUGCGCAUACAGUUCUUGCCACACUAUUUAGAGAUAUUAUUACACCUACAGUAGUUUAUGACAGGGAAAUGUUGACGUUAAACGAUGGAGGUGAACUCGCUAUUGACUGGCUGUAUCCAAAAUCUAAAGGUCCGCAGAGUUUAAUCACUGUAAUCAUACUCACUGGUCUGACAGGUGAUAGCCAAUCUGAAUAUGUCAGAGAAACAGUGAACGAGCUGUUUGGAAAAGGCUAUUGUUGUGUUGUUUUUAAUUAUAGAGGCCGAGGAGGUGUAAAACUAAAGACUGCUCGAACGUACUCGGCGACCAACAUCGAAGACCUGACAGAAGUGCUGAAACAUGUUAAGUCCAAACGGCCAAACAGUCCGAUCGCCGGCAUAGGAUUCUCAAUGGGAGGGACACUACUGGGAACAUUCUUAAUGUCGUCUGAACAAAAGAAAAAUAAACACUUGGUCACAGGAAUACUAAUUUCAGUGCCGUGGAAUGUAAAACAAGCCUGUAAAAACGCAGAAGGUUCAUGGCUAAUGCGAAAAAUGGGCAAAAACUUGUCCCACCAUUUACGCAGUGUCGUUGUUAAAAACAAAGAUGUUAUUUUCAAACAAGAUAAUGACAGAUCGUUGGACUACAACAUUAUUAAAAAGUGUAACACCAUCCGAGAGUUUGACACUGCCUACACUAUUAAAAUAUUCAACUACACUAAUGUGUAUCACUAUUAUGAGGAUGCCACACUGAGCAACAAACUGCACCUGAUCAAUGUACCAUGUCUGUGUCUGAGUGCGGCGGAUGAUCCUUUCCUUUAUUUUAGAGACAUACCCGUGAACGAAGCUGACAAACACGGAAAUUUGGCUAUAUUAGUGACUUCCGGGGGUGGUCACGUGGGAUACCUGGACACUUUUUGGCCGUUCACGAACAAUAACUUUAUGUUAAAGCUCAUCCAACAAUAUUUCGACGCGAUCAUGGUAGACAAGAAUUAUGAAAAAUUUGUUUAAACAACAAAAUUUUAUGUUUAAUACAAUAUAAUAUAUCAUAUUUUAUGUUAGUGUUGUAUGUAAAUGACAAAACAAAACUG